AUGUCUGCCGCAGUACAUCCAGCGACUAUUGAUCUUCUAGAGAACGAAUUGGCAAGGGCCAGAACUGCCCUACAGGAAGUCCAGCCACACCCGCUCCAGGUAUUGACCCUAGACGAUGUCACAACCGGGGCCCUGGCUGCUCACAAGCAAAACCUCAUCAGUUACGACCAUGACUUCUUCUCAGGCGCAAGCCGUCUCACGGCAAAGGAAUUGGGCCUUGUCUCUGUCCAAGAAGUCCUUCCCUCGCCAGUAGAAGAAUGUCCACCGCUACCCAAGUCUCCGACUAACAUCGUUGAUCUUCUGGCCAACAAUGUUGUCUUGCAUCACCUGGUGCCAUUGCUCCCUAUCUCCUCGUUGCUUGCUUUGGCGUCCGCCACCAAGACGACACGUUCCAUUAUCAUGGAAACCCCAUACGUUUUCAGGCAUUUGGAUUUGAGCACCUGCCGCGUAGCUCAGAUUCCCGAAAGACUACCAAUUGAUGCCGGGAGUGAGCGCCGGACAAGUGAAAGAACGGAUGAGUCGGUCACUGAAGACGAAUUCUACGCUGCGCCGUUGCAAGGCAUCUUCUCCCGCCUCGAGGGACAAUCCCUUCUGGCAAGUGUCCGCACAUUGGUGUUGGAUGGCUUAUCUGUUCCAGCUGAUCUCAUCGCCGACAUCAUCCUUACUGAUCGAUUCAACGUGAAUAUACUCUCGAUCCGUGAAUGCUCGCAUCUCAAUGAGCGGAAGUUGAUGCAGACCUUGGAGUACGCCGUACGCCCUACUCGCCCGGAAGGAACUCCCAAAGUUAAGGGCAUCUACUACUUCACUUCGAGAGGAUCAACGGGCAAUCAACCACGACACCGCCGAGGAUCGUCUCGUCGUGAGUGGUGGCAGAGUUGUCUUGGUGGAGGACAAAAUUCAACUAAAGAAGAGCCAGCUUCGACAGCUGAAACCGAGGACAAACAUCUCAAUGAGUGGUACAAGCCAUCUGGUAACAUCCUGACACGCAACAUUGACGCUAGCUGGGCUCGGACACUGCAGAAAUGCGAAGGUGUCAUUGCCUUUGAUACCAUUUUAUGUCGAGGUCCCAGGCACAAUUCCGAUCUUUACUGUUCGAGCAACAAAACCGAGCCCCGUCCAGAAGGCAUACUUCUUCCACCAGCACUUGCGACUAUUGCUUUAGGGCCCCGUGGCUGUGACGGCUGCCGAACAUCGCCCGAGGGACCAGCAAUUUGGGGCGAAUCUCCAGAUCACCAUUUCCCUCUGCUCAACCCUCUCCCACUGCAUGCAUCCAGCAUUCUUGACGCAAAACGUCCAGUUCCGAGAAACGAAACAGCUGUUAUGAUUGCACGUUGUGCGGACUGUGUACAGAGACGUUGGUGCCAUCAAUGCCAUAAAUGGUUCUGUUUUCAGUGCCUACCAAGCCCUGAGCAGGCUGUUACGCGUCUAUCCCCGCAUCAAACCGCCGUACGGAGACCCGGGGCUAGGGAACCAUCACCAGUCAAGACGGGUCCAGGUGUCAGUAGAGACUGCUGGGAAUGUGGACCAACUGAGAACCCGAUUAGUGAUGCAGCGAGAGUAGCUUCCAGAACAACCUACGUCAGCAACCAAGAGCUUUGUGAGCUGCUACGCCAAACCUGCAAUUAUUUUACUCCAAGCCAUGUCUCAUGUCCCACCGGUGCUCUUGAAGGCAAACUCGAGGACAUGGCAGACACCAACAAUACCGCGGUCAGCCCACUGAGAUGGUCAUCCCAACUUGCAGUUACCUCACCUUUGCGCACUCCGAAGCUACCAGGGGACAAAAUUCUACUACCGCCGUCUGCCCUCGAACAACUUCUUGCUGCAGCGCCAGUUGUCGCGGUUGAGGGACCGAGUCAUCGUCAUAACCAUGCGCACACAUCUACCUUCGAUCCCUUUAAUCCAUACACCUUUGCUGCCGAGACGCGAGCUCGAGCUUUCGACCCAUCGUCAACAACUGCAGACAUUCGACAGCCGCAGCUGCCGCAUCCGCUUACUUUUCGACUUGUCAAUCCGGUGAAUGGAAGAGUCGUGUACGCCGGGAUUCGAGAGUUUUCUGCCGAGGAGGGCCAAGUGAGUCUGAGCAGUUUUCUGCGCCACGCGCUCGGCAUCGACGAAUCAGAGCAAGGAUGGAAAGAAGAAGAAGGAAAAGAAGAAGCAAAUAAUGCUGGUAUCGACGGCGCGGAGGGAGGUAAUAAUCAUAACAACAUAGACAAAGAAUUAGCGACUGUUACGAUACAUGCUCAACAGCUACCGAAGGGAACGUAUGUGCGGCUUCGUCCUCUUGAAGCGGGGUAUGAUCCGGAAGACUGGAAAGCCUUACUGGAGCGCCACCUACGAGAGAAUUUUACAACACUGACAGUUGGAGAACUUCUUACCGUUCCUGGAGGACGAAACAAGCGCUUUGAGUUCUUGAUAGACAAGGUUGCUCCGCAGGGAAGUGGUAUUUGUAUUGUCGACACCGAUCUAGAGGUGGACAUUGAGCCUCUGAACGAAGAACAAGCGAGAGAGACGCUCAAGAAGCUUUCGCAAAAAGCCUCGCGCAAACCGGGCACUGAAAAGGGAAGUUCGCCUGGGGGGCCGAUCGCGAAAGGUCAAAACAUACAGGGCCGGGUCAGAAGAGGCGAAUAUGUAGAUUACGAACUCCGUGCUUCGGAUUUAUCACAGGGGACGCUGCAAUUAGAGUUGGAAGUUGCUGAUGGAGUCGAUCUUGAUAUCUUCGCCAGUCCUCUUUCACCGUAUCAAAGAGCGUAUCCGAGGAGCGAUGAGUAUGUAUUCGGCGACAUGUCCUCGAAGUCAUAUAAGGCACUCAAGCUACAAUCAUCUUUACCGGAACUGGCCGAUGCGGAGAAGUUAUAUGUCUCUGUACAUGCCUUUCUUCCUCCUGCAGAGACCAAUGCAGAUGUAGAAGACGAAACAGAAGCGCCACUUGAAUAUAUCCUUCGUGUUUCCGAGAGCACACAGUCUGAUGUUGAUGUUGAUGCUGAUGCUGACAAUGCCUCUGCAAUGGAGCAUGACCCUGGAGACGUUCAAUGUAGGAACUGUCAACAAUGGGUUCCGCAACGUACCUUGUUCCUACAUGAGAAUUUCUGUCUUAGAAACAAUAUUCUCUGUCCAAGGUGCAAAAACGUUUUUCAGAAAUCUUCGACUGAAUGGCAAAAUCAUUGGCAUUGUGAACAUGAUGAUUCUUACGGCAAUGACAUAACCAGCAAGGAGAAGCACGAGUUUGUCUCCCACAGAAUACAUCCCUGCUCCAAUUGUGAUUAUGUCGCAACUAGCCUGCCGGCCCUGGGCCAUCACCGAACAACCAGGUGUCCUGGCAAGCUGAUUCUUUGCCAGUUCUGUCAUUUGGUGGUUCCACAGCAAGGAGAUUCCGAUCCAGGUAUGAAUGACCCCGAAGUUCUACUCUCGGGCCUUGCACCGCAUGAAAUUGUAGAUGGGGGUCGUACAACAGAGUGCCAUUUGUGCAAUAAGAUUACUCGACUUCGCGAUAUGAAGACGCAUCUACGCCAUCACGAUCUCGAACGUCUUUCACGGCCAGCGCCUCCAAUAUGCAGAAAUAUCAAUUGUGGUCGAACACUUAAGGGCUCAAAACCGGGGAGUACCGAUGCCUCACUGGGCUUGUGCAGUAUAUGCUUUGCCCCCUUAUACACCGACGCGCAUGAUCCUGAGGGCAAAGCAUUGAAGCGCCGCAUUGAAAGGAGAUAUAUGUCACAAAUGCUCUCGGGCUGCGGCAAGCCCUGGUGUUGUAAUCGAUAUUGCAAAACAGGCCAUCAACGAUCCUCUUCCUCACCUGCUGCUCCCUCGACUCUGCCCACUUCUUCAAAGGACAUUCUCCAAGUCAUAAGACCUCUGAUGGAUGCGAUAAAUACGAAUCCUACUGUAUCGUCAUCAUCAUUAGAAUUGCCUCCGUUCUACCUCUGUGCUGACGAGACAAGUCAGCAGCGACGGACGCUUGGGGAGAUGAUUGCUGCCGAGGGUGUUUACGACAUUAGAUGGUGUCUCGCAGCGCUGGAGUCCGCUGGAGGCGACUUUGAAAAGGCGAGAGAUUGGCUGAGUGGAUGGGCUCCGAAGAAGGAUGAGAUGCGCUAG